AUGAAUUCAACUCAAUCAUUUAAUAAUAAUCCUUUAAAUAAAAUCAUUGGAUUAUCAAUCAUUUUAUCAAUGGGGUUUUUAUUAGUUAUAUUAGCUACAAUAUAUGGUAAUUGGUUUCCAAUAAUAAUUGGGAUAAUAUUCUUAUUUGCUCAUUUACCAAUUAUAAUUACUAAAUCAAUUGUUAAUUCUUCUGAUUAUGAAUUUAAUUUUGAUCCAAAUUCAAAUAAUCAAACAAAUGUUGUUAUUGAAGUUGGUAAAUUCUUAUCAUCAUUCUUAAUUGUUAGUGGAAUAUAUUUACCAAUCUUAUUACAUCAUUCAUUAAUUUUAAAUCAAUUUGCUAUGAUAUUAACAAUAAUUGGUGGAUGUUUAAUUUAUGGUACUGUUUAUACGUUUAGUUCAUAUUUUGAUGAAUCAGAAGAUCAAGAUGAAUUGGCUGAUUUAGGAGGAGGUGUCAUUUAG